ACUUUAAAAAUCUGCAAUCUGUGGUUCAGUAGGGACCACACUGGCACUCAGAGAGCAGUGUGGGAAAUAUUGAAUAUUUCGCCUGGGAUACUUUGUAUUUCAGAGCAGUUUACAGCCGGUUACUUGUACUUAUUUAUUACAUUUACUUCUGUCUGCAUAGAUAGGUCCCUCAAAAGCACUUAAUAUUGUUUACCAAAGAAAUGGUGAUGGAGAAGCCAAGUCCCCUGCUUGUAGGGCGGGAGUUUGUGAGGCAGUAUUACACACUUUUGAACAAGGCACCCGAUUUUCUGCACAGGUUUUAUGGGAGGAACUCUUCAUAUGUUCAUGGAGGAAUUGAUCCAAGUGGGAAGCUGGCAGAGGCUGUGUAUGGGCAAGCGGAAAUCCACAAGAAGGUCAUGUCAUUGCAGUUCAGUGAAUGCCACACAAAAAUCAGGCAUGUUGACGCUCACGCCACGCUGAGUGAUGGAGUCGUGGUGCAGGUGCUUGGAGAAUUGUCCAACAACGGCCAACCGAUGAGGAAAUUCAUGCAAACAUUCGUACUGGCUCCAGAGGGUUCAGUGGCGAACAAGUUCUACGUCCACAACGACAUCUUCUGCUAUGAGGACGAAGUGUUUGGAGACUCUGAGGCUGAGCUUGAUGAAGAAUCGGAGGAGGAGGUUGAAGAGGAGCCGGAGGAGAGGCAGGCGUCCCCCGAGCCGCUUCAGGAAAGUCCCAACAGCACCACCUACUAUGAAGCUCACCCUGUAGCUAAUGGUGUGGAGGAGCCCAUGGAGGAGCCAGCCCCAGAACCGGAACCAGAACCUGAGCAGGAGCCAAAGGUCGAGGAGGUUAAACCUGAGGUAGAAGAAAAGGCGGUGGAGGAAAUGGAGGAGAAGGCGCCUUCACCGGCGCCAGUGGAGUCUCCACCGAACGCCCAGGAGCCCGCCAAGCCUUUCUCCUGGGCUUCGGUGACCAGUAAAAACCUGCCUCCUUCUGGCACAGUCACCUCCUCUGGACUCUCUCCACAUGUUGUUAAAGCCACAAGCUCACAGCCCCGGGUUGAAGCCAAGCAGGAGUCGCAGGCAACUCCUCUCCGCCCCAGAGACCAGCGGACCCGUGACAGACCGACCUUCACCCAGCGAGGUCCCCGACCCGACGGUGUUCCAUCUUCAGAGUCACAAACGGGGAAACCUCACCUAAGUUUUGUCAACAAAGGUGGAAGAGAUGUUGAAUCUGGAGACAUGGACGGCAGACGGAUCAUGCGGUACCCUGACAGCCAUCAGCUUUUUGUCGGCAACCUCCCGCACGACAUCGACGAGGCUGAGCUCAAGGAGUUCUUCAUGACGUACGGCAACGUGGUGGAGCUGCGAAUCAACACCAAGGGUGUCGGUGGAAAGCUGCCCAACUUUGGAUUUGUGGUCUUCGACGACUCUGAUCCCGUGCAGAGAAUCCUGGGGGCCAAGGUAGAAGGGCCCAUCAUGUUCCGAGGUGAGGUGCGUCUGAACGUGGAGGAGAAGAAGACGAGGGCCGUGCGCGAGCGGGAGACCCGAGGCGGAGACGACCGUCGGGACAUGCGGCGCAGCGACCGGGGCCCUGGAGGUCCGCGAGGCAUCGUGGGACCCGGAAUGAUGCGCGAACGCGACGGGAGGGGCCCGCCGCCCCGAGGCGGCAUGGCCCCCAAACCCAGCAUGGGUCCCGGAAGAGGCUCCGGUGGGCAGGGGGAGAACCGCUUCCCCCCGCAGCGCCGCUGAGAAGAGCGCCACCUGUAGUGUGGAAGUAGUAUCGUGUUCCUCAUCCUCAGCCGUACUCAUAAAUGUAUAAAGUAUAUAUUUGGUGGUGUAUUCUUUUUCUGUUUUUUUGGCUUUUUUUUCUUCUUCUUGCUUUGGAAUGUGACAGUCUGUCAACCACUUUGUGAAAUAGACAAAACAAGCAAACAGAAAAAAAAAUUGUUCGCUGAUUAGUUGUGAGCUGAGCAUCCUUUUUUUGGGGGUAUUUCAAGAGUUCAAACUUGAAUUUGUCAAUUUGUGAAUAAAGGCAACCCAAGCAGGACUAAUCUGCCACAUUUAGGAGGGACUGAUGAGACUUUUAAUCUACAGCAGUGCAGCCCAUCACUUUCAGAGAUUAUAAACCUUGACUUAAACUUGAGGUGUUGAUUCAUGAAAUUCCUCAAUUGCACAUUUUCUAUUGUAGUUUUCUGCCCGGUAUUGUCGAGGAAGAGUGAGAUGCAGAAUUGGUUGCAGUUUCAGAGGAAAAGCCUUUCAUCUUUUCCUGUUUUCAGACAAAAAGAGACCACGGCUACAGAAUUGCAUAAUGCACUAAAGGUACUUCUGUCUCGUUACGUUGUCGUCCUCGUUGGACCGCGGCUGGAGAGAAGCUUAACAGCCUGGCUGCUGUGACCAAUGUACUUCUCAAAUGUUUGACCCAAAACUACUCUGCAGUCACUGCUGGAUGGACAAGCAAAUCUACAACAUUUUUAUUUUUUAUUUUAUUUUUGUCAUUUGUAAAUUAAGUUCAACCUGGACUUGACCUUUUACCAAAUGAGUGAGUGGGGCGGGGGGGACAGAGGAGCAACAGAUGGAUGAUGGCGGCUUGCUGUUUAUAUUUUGAUUCCAGCUUUUUGUUUUUCUUGACUGCGAAUCGGGGAUGAGCGAAACCUUUCCUCCCUUCCUGUCAUGAGUGCGGAGUAACCGAAUAAAUGUACAGCAAAAAUCACGGUUUACUGUAUGCUUUGCUUUUCUGUGUAUAAUUUUUAUUUUCUCUCGACUCAAUUUUAAUGAAAAAAAAAAAGAAAACAGCAUGAUGGUGCCUUCUAGUUCACCUUUUCAAGUCUUACUGAAGAGCAAAGCGGUUUGGGGUGAAAAGAGCUGCUUCUUUUUGAACUAUUCUUUGCUGGGAGCAGAUGGAAAUAACAGUAUUCAUAGGAUUUACGUUCUUCAGGGGCAGAUUUCACUCUUUCUGUACUGUUCGACUACCUAAGAUGAUCUGCUGUGAGCUUUGUACAUUUUUAUUUGCUGUAAUUUGUCUUCUUUUGGGUUUUGUAGAGACAACCGGUGCCUGCAGUUUUGUUAAAUGGUUAAUAAAUGCAUCUAAGGAACUUUUUACCCUCCUCCCAAAAACAAAAGGUACAGUAACAAUGGUGACGAUGAAAUGUUUAACCCCGGUUUACCAGAUCGCGGCUCGACACGGGCUUGGUUUACUGUUGAACCUUUUUAUUUUUGCACCUCAUGGCAGCACUUUGGAUAAUCCUUGGACUCACAAGUUUCCCAACAGUUUUGUACCUGCAGCCUUCAGUCAAGUAAAUAAUUGUGGACAUUUUUCUAUUGUCAAUGCAUUUGUAUUUUCAUAUGCUGAUCAUUCACUGUGCUCAUUUGUAGUCGUCUUUUUGUUUUGUUUUUCCUGCUUAUGGCCAAACUAGUCAGCGCUGCGCUCAUCUGAAGGGAUCAGAUUUUUGCUUUUGAAUCAUCUGGUAGGGAGGGAAGACUUCGGUUUCUGUCGGGGAAAGGAAGACAUGAGCGUUUAAUUUCUUUUUUUUUGUGAUCAUUUUGUGUUGCACUGAAAUGAAAAAGUUAAAUGAUGUAGCAUUUUUCUUUUUUUCCUUAUUCUUUGACAAAUAUACUUUGGUCUUCCUCGUCUGGCUGGUGUUGCACUAAUUUUAAGGUUCUUGGGACAAUCUAAACAACAGGACUUUCAAGAAAAUUUCUCCAGCAAUGGAAAAGGCAAAAUGUGGAAAUGAUUGCUCUCACUCGUGGCGUAACUCUUAAUAUUUGAGAUGGCUGUAAACUAAUUGGACUUUACAUCUGUCAUUCGAUUACAGCUGGACUUGGUUCAACUCUCAUAAUGGCUUACAGAUGUGGCUGUAAGCUAAUUGGAUUUUACAUCUGUCAUAGUUGCUCACAGCUGUUUCUGUAAGCUGAUCAGACUUUACAGCUGUAGGUUUUACAGCUGGACUGUACUUAUUCAACUUACUGCAGCUUACAGCCAUGGCUGUAACACACUCACAGUCAUUGCUUUAAGCUAAUUGGCUUGUACAUCUGUCAUUUUAGUAGCUUAAAACCAUGGCUGGAAGGUAAUUGGACUUUACAGCUGAAACACUGAAAUUCAACUUUACAUCUGUCAGUUUUACAGCUGGACUUGUCACUGUUGUCAUCAUAUCCGCGUACAUUACAGCUGUGGUCCAAGAGGAGAGAGGGUGAAGAAGAGCCAUCAUGCUUUCAGAACAAUACAUAUUACUAAUGGAAAAGUUGUUAAAUUUCCAGUCCGUAGGAUUCCCAGAUUGUUCUUUUGUGUCCAAAUCCUGUCCAAGGUAAAAGUGAAUCUGUGAAUUUAUCCCCCCUCAUUAAAUCGAACCAUUCCAGCCCUUUCCGAGUGAAAAUGGAAAUGAAUUGCUGGCAUUAGCAGUUGUAGUGAACAGCUGGCUGCCAUCAUAGUUUUACUGUGUUUACCCUUUAACUUUUAUUCUAGUGCAAAAUGUUGCAGGUGGCGAGUUCUUUCAUUUUUAGUUGUUUUUAGUUUAGAUUUUCUUUUAUUUUCCCGCUUUUGCAAUCCUGAAUGUGUUGGAAUUAAAUACAAUAAACUACUGAUAACAGCUCUGCUCACAUUGUCGUGUUUACAGCUAAUUUAGAGGUGGUGCUGAAAAUUUAAACAUUAAAUGAGUGAGUGACAUCUACAGGCCGUACAAUGUUAAAAUGUUUCUUUUUUUCUCCUUCCUGUGAUGUAAUAAAGCUCUGCUCUGUACUUGAUUCGCCUGUAUGAAAGAUACACAGUAUUCCUAAAUUUUAUGCUUACUUUGCCUUUUUUCACAUUACAACCACAAACUUCAAAGCAUUUUGUUGGGCUUUCAUGUGAUAAACAGUUUAUAAUUGUGAAGAAAAAUGAUAACUAGCUUUCUUUUAUAGCAAUUAAAACGUUAAAAAUC